AAUGGAAUGUACCUGAAUCAACAUUUAUAUAUGGAGGUCUCUAGUUCAAUUAUUUAAGUUUCAUGGAUAAACUUGAAUUAAUUUGCAAAAAUAGCUGGAAUUGAGGUGCUAAUUAGAGUACAUUGGUUUAUAAGUUAAUAACGCCAAAUUAAUUAUGAGUACUUCUGUUAUGAACAAGGACAACUAUAAUGACAAAGUGCACCGUAGAAGAAGAAAUAGUUGUUUUUUCUGGUGACUUAUGCAUUUGUUUUUCAUGUUAAUAUUAUCAUCAAACGUUCCCUUCAACUCUCUCAUGGUAUAUUUAUUUUUUCACAUUUUCUCCCAUUAUUUUUUUAUGUAGUUAUGUUUUCUGUUGGGUAUUCUUAUAUGUUAUUUCCUGCUUAAUUUGUGCACUCUUUUUUUUAUUAUUCUCAACUGUUAAAUGUAUAUACGUGCUUGUUUGGGCACCCUCAUCUUUUGAGCUGACCAAUCACUACGCCAAAUCCACUUAGUGAGAUACUAAGGCUUUGUGGCAGUGGUUGUUAUAUUUUGGUUCGGGUCACUGGUAUGUUACUUGGUCUUUAAGCAUCUAAGCAUAAAUAUCCACGUAUAUUUGUGAAGAAAAUCAUUACUUUGAAAUUGUUUUGCGGUGAAUGGAAUGAGACUCUAGAACAUAUGCCAAAAUGUAUUAAUAAAUUGCCACAACUUGGAAGGCUUUUCGAAAAAUUGGCAUGCUUUCUUUUAACAAGUGGCUUGUGAGGUAUAUGUCCAUUCCUCUUGGGGUAUCUCGGAAAAAGCUCCUAAAUGUAUGGGUUAUAUUCACUUUUGAUGCCAUCUGGCAUGAUUUAGAAUGGCUGAAAACUCUUUCGGGGAAUUCAUAUUUUGUGAACUCAGUGUUGUUGCUGGUGCAGUUACAAUCCCUUGCCUCAUGGGUUGUCCUUGGAAGACCAGGAGGCGUUAACUGGUUGCUUCCUUCUUUUCUUCGGAAGGACGGUCAAUUGAGAUCCUUAGCUUUUAAAGAUAACAGAAGUUAUAUUAUACAAUUUAAAUUAAUUACGAAAUUCCAUUUCACAGGGUUGCCUGUCCUUUGGGAAUGCUUAUGACAUUUUACAUUAAAGCAAAGUAUACAGUUUUUAACAUUUGUGUUUUCCAUCCUUUGAGUUGUGCAAAUGAUAGUUGGAGGAUUAGGGGUGCCAACAUAGUUGGAAUAUUUAAUCUUUCAUGACCAUGAUACUUGGUGCAAAUUCAUAUUUAAUGCUAGGAGUUUCAUAUCUGAUACAGAAUAGUUUGUUUAGCUUGGAGGUAUAUGUGGGUAUGAUUCUUGACUCAUUUUUGCAGAUUUGUCAAUGCAUUGUACAUCAAAUUGGUAGUCAUGCGAUUGAAUUUUGUACAUCAUAUAAUGUAAAAGCUAUUUCUAACAGAAAACAAGAAAAAUGAAAAAAGUAAAUCUGUUGAAAAUAGGGUAGCUUUGCAUAAUGAGACUCAGAUUCCUCCUUUGGCGCUUCUUUUUUUGGUGGCAGAGAAACUGGUCAAACCUUAAAGUUUUGAGAUAUAUUCAUGUCUCGGCAGUUCCAAUCUUUUUCAAAACCAUGUUUUCCUCCAUCUUUGGCUUUUUAUUUGGACCAUUUAAUGAUCCUUGGUUAUGUGUGUUGGGACUUAGAUGAGUGCAAUCAGUUACUAAUAGUUAGUUUGUUAUGAGGCUCUUAGGCUUAUUGUGUAUAAAUAUGGAGCUAUGUAGUUAGUUUGGAAUAUCUUUUGAAUUUUGUAAAGUUGUAAAAAGGGUAGUAACUCACUCUAUUGGGAAGGGGAAAUCCUUAGUGGAGAUAUUUAUCUCCUAUUUCUUAUUAAGUGUUGUUUUUUUAGAAUCCAAUUCUUGAAUUCCUAACCAUUUUCAUUUGUUGUUUGGUUGUAGUUACUAUGUUGUGUAUUUAAUUAUCAAAGUUCAAUUCAUACAUGUCAAUGUAUCAACAGAAUAUCUCUUACUGUAUAACUGUAUAUUAUAAAUCCUUCAAUACAAGGAGGACACUUGAGA